ACUCCGAGCAGAGCGGGCCGCUGGUCCCGACGCCUGGGCCGCCUGCAGCGCGGGCACAGAAGGGCGAGGGAGGCUGGGGCGUGCGCGCACGAGUCUGUUCACAUUCGAUUUACAAAGGCGCCUCGGAACCGGCCAGGUGGUCCCUUUAGAUGCUGUGCGCCUCGCCUGUCUCUCUUCCCCACCCCCUCCCAGCUCAUUAAAAUGCUCAGCGCUCAAAUCGGGGUAUUGAUCUCCGCAGAGGCCCCUAACCCGCGCCAUCGACCCACAGCAAAACACGCGCGCGGCGCGAGAGUUCGCUGUGUAAGGAAAGGGACCGGGGUGUGGGCUCUGCGCGUCUCCCUGAGCCAGUAUCCUCUUUGGGACAGUCACCUGAAGGUUCAGGACUGCUGUAGACUGGGCAGUCGGGCGGAAACCGGGUUUGAGCUAAAUGCCUCGACAUCCCCGCGCCUCCGCCUCCUUGUCGCCGAAAGAAAUGUCGGACUUUCGCCAGAGAUAGAGAGCGAGAGUCGGAACAGCGUUCUGCAAGUCUGCCGAGCCCGGCUGUUGUAUGAGGGUGUGAGACGGCGGGUGGUGGCGGGCCACCGUGGCCUCGGGAGAUCUUGGAAGGGGAGCAGUGUGUGCUUAGGCAGCUGUGAAGAUAUUGGGGGCAGGGGGCCAUGCUCGCGCCUGUAGUCCCCAGCCCGCGGUGGAAAGAGGAGCAGACGUCUUGGAAACAUCCCUGCCCAUGGCACUGUCGGCUGCGAAAUCGCAGCUGAUGCGGGGAGCUCCCUCGAGCUGUGCAGGCUCCCACACUGAGACUGGAGGGGAGGUUGCAGCCUAAGAGUGGCGUCCUGGGAGUCAGCCAGCCACGGAGCCGCCAUGGCGCCCCUUUGGACCCUGUGGUUGGCCUGGGCGCUGCUAGGAGUGGCCAGAGCGUGCCCGGAGCCAUGCGCCUGCGUGGACAAGUACGCACACCAGUUCGCCGACUGUGCCUACAAGGAGCUGCGCGAGGUGCCCGAAGGAUUGCCAGCCAACGUGACCACGCUUAGCCUGUCUGCCAACAAGAUCGCGGUGCUGCGGCGCGGGGCCUUCGCCGACGUCACGCAGGUCACGUCGCUGUGGCUGGCGCACAAUGAAGUGCGCACCGUGGAGCCGGGAGCGCUGGCGGUGCUGAGCCAGCUCAAGAACCUGGACCUGAGUCACAACUUCAUCUCCAGCUUCCCAUGGAGCGACCUGCGCAACCUGAGCGCGCUGCAGCUGCUCAAAAUGAACCACAAUCGCCUGGGCUCGUUGCCCCGGGACGCGCUGGGUUCGCUGUCCGACCUGCGCUCCCUGCGCAUCAACAACAACCGCCUGCGUUCGCUGGCGCCCGGCACCUUCGACGGGCUCAGCGCGCUGUCCCACCUGCAGCUGUAUCACAAUCCCUUCCACUGUAGCUGCGGGCUCUUGUGGCUGCAGGCCUGGGCCGCGAGCACGCGGGUCUCCUUACCGGAGCCCGACUCCAUUGCGUGCGCCUCGCCCCCGGCGCUGCAGGGGGUGCCGGUGCACCGCCUGCCCGCCCUGCCCUGUGCACCGCCCAGCGUGCGUCUGAGCACAGAGCCGCCGCCGGAGGCGCCGGGCACGCCCCUGCGCGCAGGCUUGGCGUUCAUGUUACACUGCGUGGCUGAAGGUUACCCUGCUCCCCGUCUGCAAUGGCAACUUCAGAUCCCUGGGGGCACCGUAAUCUUGGAGCCACCGGUCUCGAGCGGGGAGGAAGACGAGGACAGGGCGGAGGAGGAGGGGAAAGGAGAUGGGGACAUAACGACGCAGACCGAAACCCCGAUCCCGACUCCCGCGCCCGCCUGGCCCGCGCCCCCAGCCACUCCGCGCUUCCUGGCCCUCGAGAAUGGCUCCCUGUCGGUGCCCCUCCUGACUGCCAAGGAGGCAGGCGUGUACACAUGUCGUGCGCGCAAUGAGCUGGGCGCCAACUCGACGUCAGUACGCGUGGCGGUGGCGGCAGCCGGGGCUCCGAAGCAUGCUCCUGGAGCAGGAGGAGACACCGACGGGCAAGCCCCGACCUCCGAGCGCAAGUCCACAGCCAAAGGCCGGGGUAACAGCGUCCUCCCCUCCAAGCCUGAGAGCAAAGCCAAAGGCCAAGGCCCGGCCCGGGUUAGCGUCCUUGGAGAGUCAGAGGUGGGGCCAGAGGAGGAAGCGGGUGAGGAAGAAGAGGUCGAAGACCAGGCCCUUGCAGGCCCGGGGGAAGAGCAGCACUGUGGCCACGGGGACCCCUCGCGGUACGUGUCCAACCACGCGUUCAAUCAGAGCGCUGAGCUGAAGCCGCAUGUCUUCGAGUUGGGUGUCAUCGCGCUGGAUGUGGCCGAGCGCGAGGCGCGGGUGCAGCUGACGCCGCUGGCUGCGCGCUGGGGCCCUGGGCCCAGCGGAGCUGGGGGAGCGGGGCGGCCUGGGCGGCGGCCCCUGCGCCUACUCUACCUGUGUCCGGCCGGGGGCGGCCCAGCAGUGCCGUGGGCCCGCGUGGAGGAGGGCGUCAACGCAUACUGGUUCCGCGGGCUGCGGCCGGGCACCAACUACUCCGUGUGCCUGGCGCUGGCGGGCGGGGCCUGCCACGUGCAGGUAGUGUUCGCCACCAAGAAGGAGCUGCCGUCGCUGCUGGUCAUCGUGACAGUGAGCGUCUUCCUUCUGGUGCUGGCCACCGUGCCCCUGCUGGGCGCCGCCUGCUGCCAUCUGCUGGCCAAACACCCGGGCAAGCCCUACCGUUUAAUCCUGCGCCCGCAGGCCCCCGACCCCAUGGAGAAGCGCAUCGCGGCUGACUUUGACCCGCGCGCCUCCUACCUGGAAUCCGAAAAGAGCUACGCUGCGGGCGGCGAGGCGGGUGGGGAGGAGCCGGAGGAGGCCUCGGGAGAGGGCCUUGACGAAGACGCGGAGCAGGGGGACCCAGGUGGGGACCUGCAGAGGGAGGAGAGCCUGGCGGCCUGCUCGCUGGCGGAGUCCCAGUCCAAGGCCAACCCUGAGGAGUUCGAGGCGGGCUCUGAAUACAGUGACCGGCUUCCCCUGGGCGCAGAGGCAGUCAGCAUCGCCCAGGAAAUUAACGGCAACUACAGGCAGACGGCGGGCUGAACCCGGGCCGGCCCAGCCCGCCAUCCCGCCCCCUCUGGGGUGCCUGGAGCUGGAAAACUCGGGCUGGCAGGAGGCAGCUCCGCCCCUUACCCCAACUUUAACUACUGUGCCUGCUUAUCACUCCCGAGUGACUGCAGGGAACUUCUACUAGGGAGGCCGGUUCACGGCUCACAUCCCGGUUCUGACCACGAACCCACCCCAACAGCACAGAGUCCCGCCUCUCCUCCCCGAACCCGUCUGCUGCCUUUGAGGCAGGAUGGGGCCCCUCCAUUCCGGUUGCUUCGGGCCAAGCCAGAGACCGGGCGGAAAUGGGAACCUCUGCUGGCCACCCUGGGCCCUGGGCAGCCCCACCUCUGGCAGAGAGCCUGGGGGAGCGGGGUCCCGCCUCUACUCUGCCCUGCCCUGCCCUUUCAGGGUGGCACAUCCCGCAGCCCAGGGGGGUUGGCAUGGAUCUCUAGUUUUUAUUACAGUUUAGGUUUUACAGCCCCCUCCCAACUGGGAACCGAGUUCUUCUACCCCUCCCCACCCUUGCCCUACCCCACUUCGGCCCGCUGCAGCCCGGCGCGGGGCGGGGACUUUGCUGUUCUGCGUUCUGAUUUUCCUCUUUUCGUUGUUUUCAAAGACAGCGACAUUCCGGUCUGGUGCUAACACCCCCUUCUCAAGCUCUGGGAAGAUUGGGUGUGUGUGUGGCGGGGACUGGGCUGCGGGAGGAUAAGAAAUCCGUUUUCUCUGGCCUCUGGACUACCUUACAGGCCUGGGACCAGGCACCUCUUUAUCUCCCGGGGAGCCGGCUGAGUCUGGGGCCAAUUUCGUUGAUGGGCAUUGGGGUUGGCGGCAUUCAGGGCCUGUCACAGGCGGCUUCCCAGGCUCAGCCCGGUGGCGGAGGUCCUAGCUGCAGGGCGCCGGUGUCUGGAAUGUCAAUGGGGACCUGGCCGGGUCCCUCUGGGCUGGCGUCUGUGUCUGCACAAAGCCUGCGCGAUCGUGCCGCGGGAUCCCCGCCCCACCCCCUUCCACAAGAAUAGUGUGUGGCUGGUGUGUAGUCUAGGCCAGCGUGCUCAGUAGACCUGUACAGUGUGGCGUGUAGUGUAGGGGGCAGGCGG